AUGUCCAAGGAACCCGUGAAGGAAAUACCUUGGAGAUUAAUUUUGUCUAAACCACCAGUCUGGGCCCUGAUAGUGUGCCACUUUUGCCAUAAUUGGGGAACUUUCAUUCUUCUUACAUGGAUGCCAACAUACUAUAACCUAGUGUUAAAGUUCAAUCUAACAGAAUCUGGACUAUUUUGUGUUGUACCAUGGCUUACGAUGGCAAUUUCUGCAAAUUUUGGUGGUUGGAUUGCAGACACUCUUGUGACCCGAGGUGUAUCUGUUACAACGGUCCGCAAGAUAAUGCAAACAGUUGGGUUUCUAGGUCCUGCUUUUUUCUUGACUCAAUUGAGCCACAUUCAUUCUCCUGUAAUGGCUGUUUUGUGUAUGACUUGUAGUCAAGGAACAAAUGCAUUCUCUCAGUCUGGAUUAUAUUCAAACCAUCAAGAUAUAGCCCCUCGAUAUUCUGAGAUACUGCUCGGUCUAUCCAAUACCGCUGGAGUACUUGCUGGUGUGCUUGGAACAGCAGCAACAGGUUACAUUCUACAGCAUGGCUCGUGGGAUGAUGUUUUCAAGGUUACAUUCUAUGUAGUGUCCUCAACAGCAAAACGACACUUAUGCUUUAUGUGGAUGUCAAAAAUUGGAGAACAGAGACGAAAAGUAUGUCAUAAUCUUGGUCCAAUUAGUUGA